AUGGCACUUUUCCGUCUGCGCGCCCCUGACGUCACUUCUGGCAGCUCCCUGGUCAUCCGCGGUCACGUCUCUAUGGGGAGAGCAAACGUCCCCUCCAUCGCCAAAUACUUCAGCACGAAGGGGCGAUACGAGGAGGUCAACCCGCAUCUGAUCGAGGACAUUCUGGCUGUAAACACGUCCAUGAUCCGGCCUCCUACUCCCCAAUGUCGCCCGGUCCAUCUCACCGCUAUAAUCAGGCAUGGGACGCGCUACCCCACCACUAAAAACGUCCAAAAGAUGCUGAAGUUUUACGAGGUGGUGAAGACAUCCACAGAGGACAAGGACUGGCUUCGGGAGCUGAGGCAGGACUGGGUGAUGUGGUACACAGAGGACAUGGACGGGCGCCUGGUGCGUAAGGGCAUGGAUGACCACAGGCAUCUGGCGGUGCGGCUGUCCAAACUGUUCCCCUCGCUCAUAUCAGAGGACAAUCUCAGAAAAGGAGGUAUCCAGUUUAUGACCAGCUCCAAGCACAGAUGUGUCAACAGCACCCUGUCGUUCAAGAGAGGCCUGACAGAGCUGUGGAACAUCAAAGAUCAGUCGUUUGAGCAUUCCGUGAACGAUGCUCUGAUGCGCUUCUUCGACACGUGUACGAAGUUUGUGGAGGAUGUGAGUGAGAACGAUAAAGCCCUGUCUGAGCUGGACGAGUUCAACAAGGGUCCGGAGAUGACGAGGGUCCAGGAGAAGAUCGCAGACCGCCUCGGAGUGCCCUACAGCCAGAUCACAGACGAAUCGGCUGAAGCUGCCUUUUACUUGUGUGCGUAUGAACUUGCCAUCAAGACCGUGAACUCACCCUGGUGCCAGCUUUUUGACGAAGUCGACGCAAAAGUGAUGGAGUAUGCCAACGACCUGAAGCAGUACUGGAAAAGGGGCUACGGUCACGACAUCAACAGCAAAUCAAGCUGCUCUCUCUUCCACGAUUUGUUCAGUCGACUUGAAAGAGCAGCAACGAAUCCCGGCAACGUGUCCGAGCCGGUGAUGAUCCAGGUGGGCCACGCAGAGACCCUCCUGCCUCUGCUCACUCUGCUCGGCUUCUUCAACGACACCGAACGCCUCACAUCCAAAAACUUUGCCUCUCAAACCAACCGCUCUUUCCGCACCAGCCAGAUGCUUCCGUACGCCGCGAACCUGGUGCUGGUGCUGUACAACUGCGGGGGAGGAGAGCUCAGGCUGCAGCCGCUGCUCAACGAGAAGACGGUGGCGUUUCCGGGUGUGAGAGAGCAGCCGAGUACGAUGCCUCUGUACGCUGAUGUGAGGGAGAGAUACCGACUGCUGCUGGGAGGCUGUGACUUCGAGGUGGAGUGUGAACUUUUCAAUCGGAAGAAGCAGAGAUAA